AUGACGACUACAUUUCCUCUUCUCCGUCUGCCAUAUCUCGUGCUUAUGCCUGUUUUGGAACACAUGGAAUUUAUGGACAGAAUUGCACUCUCUAUUCUUUCCAAACGAGCCAGAAUGUACGUGAAACUACUCAAAAUGAAGAGUAAGUCUAUCAAUUUAAUACUGAAGGAUAACAAAAUCGAGAUGAUAGUGUUUUUUGAUAUUAGUAAAGAAUUGAGAGUGGAUAUGUAUAUUGACGUAUUGCAACGAAGCAAUUUCAUAGGAUAUCAACCCUGUGUUUCAUGGUGCGACGGUAGUCUACUUCCAGUAGACUACGUCCUUUCAAUUAUGGAUGUCACUCACUGCAAGUCGAUCAAUCAUUUCGUUGUCUCUGAAAUUUCUGAACACGAUUGCAUCCCAAUCGCCGCAAAACUUCCAAAAAUUGAUGAAGUCGUUGUUGAAUACGAUUGGUCCUCAAAGCAUCUUUCUUAUGAAACCUUAUUUCAAAAAGAAAGAAGACUUCUCAGAAUUCUGAGAACUGUUUUGCCAGCAUCUUCUGCAGUUACUAUCUCCUAUCGCUUCCAUAACCACAAUCACCUUCGAGAAAUUCUCAAAGGGAAUUUCGACGCUGUAAUUUUAAAGUGUUCCGACAACCGGAUUACUCUUAAUGAUUUGUGGAUUACAAGCGCUAAGACACUUAAGCUUCAUACAGAAACGGUUAACGUGAGAGACCUGAAUCGCUAUUUCAAGUUGUGGACGAAGAAAAUAUGUAAUGAUCGACUGGAAUACUUGAAAGUGAAAAUAUACGGCAAUAUCAAUAUGAAUCUUCUUCUAGAAGGACUCAACGCUGUUCCAGUUCCCAUUGAAACAAAGAGAGAAUUUCUGGUAUUGGGGAAUGUAAAACAGUUUCGCGAGGAUUGGGAGAGUGUCGUAUUCACAUACUCUACCGACUAUGAACUGCUUAAUCGAGUUGCAGUGAGUAACGUCCAUAAUCGGAAGGACGUAGUGCAUUGGAGGUAG